GACAAUAGUGCUAACUGUGGGCCACUGGAUUUCCAAGAGGCUGUAUCACUAAAGGAACGGAUGGCGAUGUAUCAAGCAGCUGUUUCCAGGGGUGACUGCAGCAGUAGCAGCAGCUUCUCUGCUAAUAUGGUGGAGGAGUCUGAGACUCGAACAGUGCCAGGUGGCUUAGCCAGGGUGAAGAAACAAUUUGAGAGAGAUGAAAUUGCCUCUUCACAUAAUACUUUUUCUCAGUACCAGCACCAGCAAAGAUUUGAUCAGGAGAUAAAAAGUAGAAGCCAUAUCAAUGUUUCAAGUGGCCACCAAGAAGUUGAAGGAUAUGAACAAGUGACUUCUAAAACACCUCAAAUUGAGGUUUCUCAUCUUGAAAAACAUACCCAAGAAAUAAACCAGGCCUCUCAGUCAAGUCAGUAUGUUCAAGAAACAGUUAUUGAUACACCCGAGGAUGAAGAGAUCCCAAAGGUUUCAACGCAGUUUUUAAAACAGCACUUUGAAAGGACAGCCCAAGAAAAGGUCCUUCAUUCUGACAAAGAUAUGGCAACUCCAGCCAAACAUAUUAAGAUUGACAGUGAAUAUAAAGAAACUGGGUGGCCAUCUCCACUUAUUACUUCUGUAGCUGCCAGUGCUUCAGCCAGUCAGAGACAGGAUACAUCAACCACAAGGCACACAGAAUACAGAUCUACUUCAUCUUCUGCACAGGGUAACACCACGAAUUUUGGAAAGACAGAAGAUUUUCCUCCUCCCCCACCUGAAAUAAUGCCAACAUUAGCAGAUGUGACAGCAUUUUCCCAGUCCCCUGAAUUCUCUAAGCCCCCUGGAAAAUUCCCCAUCCCCAAAGAUUUAUAUUCCAAGCAAAGAAAUUUAUAUGAAUUAAAUCGCUUAUACAAACAUAUCCACCCUGAAUUAAGAAAAAAUUUGGAAAAAUAUUAUAUCAGUGAUGUUUCUGAGAUUGUAUCUCAUCAGAUAGACACAGGGGAUUCUGUUGCUGCAGAUGUGCAGCAAACCCGCUAUGUUUUUGAAAAUACCGAUGGCAGCAAUCAAAAAUGUCUGAACCCUGAAAGAGAGUUCCUUGAAUGGGAUGAAAUUCUGAAAGGAGAAGUACAGUCUAUGAGAUGGAUUUUUGAGAACCAGCCUUUGGAUUCUAUCAAAGAUCAAUCUUCUGGUGAAGAUAACAGCAAAAAAAGCAUUGCUGAGCAAGAAAUCAUUGCUGGAGGAGAUGUGAAAUAUGCCACGUGGAUGUUUGAAACCCAGCCAAUAGAUACAUUAGGGGUUCAUUCUUCUAGAACCACAGAAAGUGAACUGAAAGUUCCAGAACUAGCAAGGGGAGACGUACGCACAACCACAUGGAUGUUUGAAACUCAACCACUAGAUUCAAUGAACAAAAUUCAUCAGGACCAACAAGAAGGAUCAGAUGAAGUUGCCAUUAAAGACAUAACUGGAGGUGAUGUCAAGACUGUGAAAUACCUGUUUGAAACUCAGAAUCUUGACCAACUUGGGCAGCUAUAUUCAGUGGAUGAAGCUAACUUACUACAGCUUAGAUCUGAACUGAAAGAGAUUAAAGGGAAUGUGAAGAGAAGCAUAAAAUAUUUUGAAACUCAACCAUUGUAUGUUAUCAAAAACAGCUUAGGGCAAAUUCUUGAGAUUAAGACUGUUCACCGGGAAGACAUUGAAAAAGGAGAUGUGAGAACAGCACGUUGGAUGUUUGAGACACAACCAUUGGACAUGAUUAACAAAGAUGUUACGGAAGUUAAAGUUGUCCGUGGAAUAUCCAUGGAAGAAAACAUCAAAGGAGGAGUAAGUAAGGCAAAAUGGUUGUUUGAAACCCAACCUCUGGAAUCCAUCAAAGAAGAAUCUGAAAUUUCCAUCAUUGAAAAGGAAACUAUUGUAGGUACUGAUGUUUCCAGAAAGUGUUGGAUGUUUGAAACUCAUCCUUUAGACACCCUUAAAGAAGUUACUGAUUCAAAUUCUUUGCCAGCUGAAGAAAUAAUAGGUGGUAAUGUAAAAGCAACUAAGUACUUAUUUGAAACCCUUCCAAUGGAUGUUUUAAAAGACAGUCCGGAAGUUGGUAAACUUCAAAAGAUAGAGGCCUCUGAAGAAGAAAAGGGAGAUGUGAGGCACCAAAAAUGGAUUUUUGAGACUCAUCCUCUAGAAGAUAUUAGAAAGGGGGAGAAAGAGUAUAUAAGGACAGUUAAACUUGAAGAGAUUGACAGAGGUGAUGUUAGAAGCUACACACAUAUCUUUGAAUCAAAUAAUUUAAUUAAGUUUGAUGAAUCACAUAAAAUCCAAGUAGAAGGAGUGACCAAAGGUGCUGUAGAGUUCAAUAAAUCUCUCUUUGAAACAACUCCUUUGUAUGCUAUUCAAGAUCAUCUUGGAAGAUAUCAUGAAGUUAAAACAGUUCAACAAGAAGAAAUACUAAAAGGUGAUGUGCGAAGUUGUAGGUGGCUAUUUGAAACUAGGCCCAUUGAUCAGUUUGAUGAGAGUAUUCAUAAAUAUCAGGUUAUCAAAGGAAUAUCUACACGAGAAAUACAGCCCGGUGAUGUGAAGUCUGCUAAAUGGUUGUUUGAAACACAGCCUUUAGAUUCUAUUAAAUAUUUUAACAACUUGGAAGAUGAAGAAAGUAAAAAGCAGCAAACUGCAGAUAUUGUUAAAGGGGAUGUAAAAACAUACACAUGGCUAUUUGAAACCCAGCCAAUGGAGGCCCUUUAUGACAAGACAGAAUUAGUGACUGAUAAUGAAGAAAUUCAUAAAGGAGAUGUCAAAACAUGCACUUGGCUUUUUGAAACUCAGCCACUCGAUGCAAUAAGAGAUGACUCAGAAACAGUGGUCAAACUCCAAACUGUAAAACAAGAAGAUAUCCAAGGAAGGGAUGUCCGCACAACCUGCUUUCUUUUUGAGACAGAAAACUUAGACACUAUACAAGGAGAAGAAGGAAAGGAAAUCAAGUCAGUAGAAGUGGAUAUUCAGUCUGGAGAUGUUUCUAGCAUAAAGUACAAAUUUGAAAAUCAGUCCUUGGAUUCCAUAAGUUCCAGUUCAGAGGAGGUUUUGAAAAAGAUCAAAACCCUACAAGCUGAAGAUAUUCAGAAAGGCAAUGUUUUAAAUUGCAGGUGGCUUUUUGAAAACCAGCCAAUUGAAAUGAUAAAAGAAAAACAAGAAGGUGAUGAAUUAGUUAGGACAGUGACAGACAUACAAGGUGGGAAUGUGAGAAAAGGAUGUUUUAUUUUUGAGACUUUUUCUUUGGACCAGAUUAAAGACAAAUCUGAAGAUCUUGCCACUGAGAAAACCACAAGCAAAGAUGAAAUAAUAAAAGGGGAUGUGAAAAACUAUAGAAUGCUAUUUGAAACACAACCACUCUAUGCUAUUCAAGACAAAGAAGGAUAUUAUCAUGAAGUGACAACAGUUAAGAAAGAAGAAGUGAUUCACGGAGAUGUAUGUGGGACUAGAUGGCUAUUUGAAACAAAACCAUUAGAUUCUAUUAAUGAGUCAGAUAAUGUAUAUAUUAUCAAAUCAGUAACUCAAGAGGAUAUUCAGAAAGGAGAUGUUAGCUCUGUCCGAUAUAGAUUUGAAACACAACCACUAGAUACAAUUUCAAAAGGGACAAAUGUAAUCGUUCCCACUAUUGACUGUGUCCAAGGUGGGAAUGUGAAAUAUCAUAAGCAACUCUUUGAAUCUGAAGAGUCUGAUAAAAGAACUUAUGUUAGAACAGUCAGUGUCAAUGAAAUACAACAGGGUAAUGUAAAAACCUCUACUUGGCUGUUUGAAACUCAUACUUUAGAUGAGUUGACAGGAGAGGGGUCAAAAUAUGAGCAUAUCAAGACAGUCACCAAGGAAGAUGUGCAGAAAGGUGAUGUCAAACAGGCAAUAUGGCUUUUUGAAAAUCAGACUUUAGAUUCUAUUAAGGAAACAGAUGAAUAUGACACAGAAAUCACCAGAGAAGAAAUCCCUCCCUCUGAUGUCAAAACAACAACAUGGCUCUUUGAAACAACACCACUUCAUGAAUUUAAUGAAAAUAAAGUGGAAAAAGAGGAGAUUAUUGGAAAGAGCAUCAAAGAAACCUUAGAAGAACUAUAUUCACAAAAAAUGAUUGAAUCUCACGGAAUUAUCAUUGAAGCAAGUGAAGUUGGGAAUGUCCGGAUGGCUAAAUAUAAACUAAUGAAUCAGGAAUCUCCUGAAAUACAGAAAGAAGAAGUUGUGAAAGGAGAUAUCAAAACUAUAAUGAUGAAUCUUCUUUCCAAGAGAAAUGAUGCCAAAAGAGAGAUUUUAGUCAGUGAAGAAGAAAAGGGUGAUAUCAGUUUCACCAAAGCCCAGUUAUUAAACAGAUCUACAGAAAUCCAAUAUGAAAAAGAAGAAAUAGUGAGAGGGGAUAUCCAACAAACAAUAAAAAACCUGUUCAGCGAAGAAAGAUCUGUAAAACAAGGCAUUAUAAUUCAGGAAGAUGAAAGAGGGGAUAUUAAUAUGACAAUCUAUUGUCUUCUUCAUGAAAAUGAUAACGAUGACAAAAUAGAACACGAAGAAAUAAUAGGUGGAGAUGUAAAACGCACUAUUCACAACCUAUUGUCUUCUGCUGCAAACUAUGAAAUAGACAAAACAACUAAAGUGGAUGCAUCAGAGAGGGGAAAUGUUCAGUUUUUCACAACAUGCAUAGAAGCUGGAGCAUUAGAUUACCUCAAACUACUGCAGACAGGGUCAAAUGAAUCACUUACAGCCUGGAAACCAGAAGGAGAGGAGGAAAUAAUUGGUGGUGAUGUUGAAGGCACAAAGUUGUUACUAACAAAAAGAAAGUCUCAAAUUGAACGUACUGUUAAUGAAACUGACAUCAUCCCAGGAGAUGUGCAUAAUACAGUUAAGGUUUUCAUGACAGAGCCUCAGAGUACAUCCUGUCAGGUACCCAAAGAAGAAAUUAUAAAAGGUGAUUUGAAAGCAACCCUAAAUUCCCUCAGUGAGGCCGUAAAUCAGAAAACAGUUACAAAAAGAGAAGAAAUUAUAAAAGCUGACAUGCUUACAACAUUGAAGUCUCUUCAAGAAGCAAGCCACCAAUGGAAAGAAACUGAGAAGCCUGAUAUUAUCCAUGGUGAUAUUAAACAAGCUAUUGAAUCUCUUGAAAAAGCAGUAAACACAAAGACUGAAAUUCUGAAAAAGGAGCUUAUGCGAGAUGACCUUGAGGAUACAUUAAGAGCACUAAAAGAAGAACAGUAUUCUUUCAAGAUGAUAGACAAAGAAAAUGUAAUCAAAGGAGAGACGCAGGCUGUGAGGCAUGAUCUGGUAGAUUCCACUAAAGAAUACAAAGCCCAGAGCAGGCAGGUAGGCCUCCCCAGGGACAUAAAAAGGGACUUGCAGUCAAAAUCUGAGUCAUUUGAGCAAGAAGAUACAUUAGGAGUGCUUAAAAAACAGACCACAGUCAAAUCUUUUCAUGGAUAUUCAAAAGGAGAAAACAGUGAGAUUGUUCCUCUAGAAGCCCCCAAAGGUACUGUAAAAAUUGUCAUAGGUCGUGAGCAAAACUGUGAUGCCCUUGAGAAGAGCCUUCAAAGAUUGUCUGAUUCACCCCACAACAAUGGUGAAAAUUUGGCCAAGAAUGGAGAUCAAAACAUCAGAAUUGAUUCUUCAAGAGCACAAUAUUCUAGAAAGGAACAUGGGAGGAGUCAGCCAGCUUCUUAUAGUUCAGUUCAGAAAAAAGUAAGGACUGAGAAAUCAGAGAUGGGUUCUAUAAUGAAAAAGGAUAUCUCUAGUGCUGCCUUGACUACUGAAAAAAUGCAACAGUGUCAAACGGGUAUGCUAAGCAUUGGCCAGGAAACCAGGGAAUCUUCCCAUGAAAAAAAGACAAAAACAGCAACAAAUACACCCAGUUUUGAGUCUUGUGCUAAUCUCCACACAGUUAGCAUUCCAUCUAAUGACAAUAAAGCAUGUGGAAUAACUGAUCAUAUUCAGAAGGAAAUUUUACUAAAAGAGGAAAUGAGACAAGCACAACAAGCUAGUGAGACUUUUGAAAGAAAUGAAACAAACCUUCAGCAAAUGAAGUCUUUUAUUCCUUUGUCCCUUAAACAGGAUAUUCAAAAUGUAUCUGAAGAAAAAGCCAUAAAGGGAAACCAUGGAAAAUUUAAAGCAACAACAGAAAGGAAUAAAAAGAUUGAUGUUCAUCAGAAAAAUGAGAACCUUCAAACAAAGAUGGAUGCCUCAACAAACUUAAAAGUGAUUGUGGAAAAAUCCUGUAAUCCAGUCAAAUUGGCUGCUGUGAGUAAUAUGGCUGAAAAUCAUUCUUCCCUUCCACCUCCAUCUCCACCUCCACCUCCACCAUCCAAUGCAUCAUCUGAAAUUGAAUUUCCUUUACCUCCUCCACCUCCUUUAAUGAUGCUGCCUGAUAAACAUGAGUUUUAUUCGUUGCCUUCUACAGAAAAGAUAAAGGCUGAAUUUGAUGGCUUUCCCUGCCUCCCUCCCCCACCUCCACCAGUGGAUGACAAAGCUGAGAGAGAAAGCCCACCAACAUUUUUGCCUCCCCCACCUCCUCCACCACCAAAACCUAUACAUGUUUUUCCUUCCACAAUUCAAACAAAAGACAGUGAAAAGAAUGUCCAGCAACAUUUCCAAGAGUCAGAACAAACUCAUUCAAGGGCCAGAACCUUAACAGGAAAGCCAACAACACUUCCACCUUCUCCCAAGUUCCCCAAACCAAAAUUCUUCAGACAGUUAGAUGAAAAUGAAAAUAAUCUUAAAUCAAAAAUGACACCACUUCCUCUUCAAUCAAAUAUGGGAACUAUGGUGACAAAAACAAAGGAGCAAAAUACAAUGAUGAUGAAGAGCAAUAUGGAGCACAGCCAGAGACAGGAGAAAAUUUAUACUGAGACAUCUGAAGAAAAACUACAAUCAUCCAUUGCAGAGUCCAAGAAGUAUUCCAUUCAGACUGCUCAGGAAAUAUCACUUUCCAAAGAUAAAAAGACCUCACCCCUUGUUAAAUGUUAUUCCCUUCCUUUAGAUUCGGAACAGACAAGCCCUAAACCAUAUAUCAGAAAAUUCAAAACCCCUCUAAUGAUUGCCGAAGAAAAAUAUAGGCAGCAAAGGGAGGAAAUCGAAAAACAGAAACAUCAAAGCUCUUCCCAUCGCAUAGUCAAAACAGAAAAUCAUAAUGAAAUUGAAUUAAAGUCUGAAAUGAAAACACUAUCACAGAAGUCAAGGAAAGAAGAUGCUUUGCCUACAUCAGCCACAAAUGUCACACAAUCAAAUUCUACGAAUGCAGUGAGCCUCCAAACUGAAGGGACUUCUAGUGAAACCCAGCUAUCUGAAUCAGUGUCUUUGGCUGCCCAGAAGCUCCAAAGUGUCUUGGAUAUAUCCAUGGAUAAAGAACACAUUCAAAAGGAAGCUCUCCAAGGUUCAAGGGAUAUUGUGCAACAUAGUUUAGCUCAUCAAUUGGAACAAACACACCAAGAAUAUACUUCUCAUAAAAGAGAGCAGGAAACUAAUGAAAAGCAAUUGUACCUGUCCCCAAAGAUGCCAUUGUCCCCAAGCUUAAAAGCUAAAAGUGUCAAGUUCCCAACUUUAGAGUUAAACUUAAACAAAAUAUCCCAAGAUUUCAACAUUUGUCAAAAGCAACCACUAGCUAAUAUUCAAGCCAUGACUAAAGAAGAGCAUCAAGAAAGACAGAAUAAUGAAAUGAGUAAAACUAUUAAAAAUAAGGAAAAUGUUACUGAACAAUGUUAUCAAUUACACAUGAAGGGAAAAAGAGGAAUAGAUAAAAUGCCUACCAGUCCCUCAGAGAAGAAUAAAAAAAGAGAAUCAGCUAAAGUAUAUGAAAAUCAAAAAGAAAGAAUGGAAUUAAUAAACAAGAAAGUUUUAGCAACUCAAGAAGAAAACAAGAGAGAGAUAGUGGUUUGUCCAAAAGAACAAAAACUAAUAGUUGAAAGAAAACAAGAAGACCUUAAAAAUAAAUUAGAGAAAGUAGUCCAGCAAAAAGUUAUUAAUGUUGACUCACUGACAGAAAAUCUUCAGCAAACCCAGAUUCAAACUUCUGAAUGUGAAGUCAAAGAUAAAAAAUUACCCCAGCAAUAUGAUGGCCUGAAAGAAGAAUGCCUUAUAACCAAGAAUAUUCAACAGAAACAAGCUCCCCCUAAUACUAAAGAUUCCAAGGAAGAUAUAGCAGAGAAUAAGGUUUUAUUUUCUUCCCUAAAAAGUUCCCAGGAUGAUGAUGGAAAAUGUGUUGUAAAUAUAUUAGAGUUCUUGAGAAAACGCGAAGAACUACAGCAAGUUUUGUCUCGGGUGAAACAAUUUGAAACAGAACCAAAUAAAAAUAAUAUUAAAACAUUUCAAAUACUAUUGAAUAUUAUCCCAGCAUGGUUGAUGAAUGAAGAGAGAAAAGAAUAUGGAACUCGCAUUGCCAUGGAUAAUAAUUUAGAAAAAGUAAAAGAGGAAAUAACCCAUAUUAAAAGUGAAGUGGAAGAAAUGCUUAUUUCUUGCGAGAACACUAUCCAAAUGUGCAUGAACGCCUCCAAAGUAGAGAAAUUGAGACGUGAACCUUCUAGUAAAGCAUCUGCUAAAAUAUCAAACAUUAGUGCUGGCUCUAACAUAAAAAUCCAAAAAGAGGAGAAAAUUAUGAAAGAGCAGGAAUCUCAUCAAAAAGGGAAACCCCAUUCUAGUGGAGCUUCUCCUCAAAUAGCAAACAUUAGUAUUGGAUCUAACAAAACAGUCCAGAAAGAGAAGAAAAUUAUAGAAGAAAAAGACUCUCAUCAAAAAGUGAAAUCCCAACAGCAAAUUAAACAGGUAGAAUGUAGAACGAUUUCUCCAUAUUUAAAACAACGUUCGCCAUCACCUACUUUCAUAACAAUUGAGUCUACUGCCCGACGAACAGAGACUCCUGUUGUGAACAGACCUUCCUUGUCUCCUGUGAAGAAGGAAAGCGCAUCUUCUCUUCCUUCCCAAAGCAGAUCCACAACACCACCAGCGAGAGGUCGCCAGGCUUCAGCCUCUCCUUCUCCCCCUACAAGUCGCUCUGAGCAACUUGCCAAACUUAAAGACACCACAGCAAAAUUGUCCCAAAGAACAUGUCACUAUCAGUCAAUAAUUCCAGGUCCAGUUGUAGAAAAAAGGGCUGAAAUAGUUAAGUCUCCCGCAACUCUGCGACGUCAAAUUAAGACGGAAACCCCAAUACCUAUAAAUGUAUCCCAUGUCACUGCUAGUACAGUCAGAGGAGCCAAAGAAACACAAGAGGAAGUCCAACAAGUAGAGAAAAGGGCUACUUAUGUUCGCAGGGAUGGAGUCAAUAUCACAGAGCACAUAGUACCAGAUACUGAAAGUUUUGAUUCCAUUGAAAUCAUCCACAAAGUUGAAGUCCCUCAAGUGGGUUUGUCAGAACAUUCUAAAAUAUAUGAAGCUUCCAAUCAAACAGUCCAUAUGGCUGAAAAUGCUGUAAAAAGCCAUGAAAGUGGAACAAACAGAUGGCUAGAGAAAUUUCAGAAUGACCCAAUUUUUGAGGCAAAGUCAAAUGGAAGAGUUCACACAAAUGGUGAAAUAAACCAUAACCUUAGACAGGAAAUGCACACCUUUAGCACAAAGGGAUUUGGAUCAAGUGCUGUGGAAAGUGAAAGCAGAAACAGCAGUUUCAGAAACUUUUCUUGCAGACAUUCCAAAGAUCCCCAGAACAAAGUUCCACAUAAGCAAGUCACAGAGUGCUCUGAAGCAAAGUCCUUAAGAGAAUGUUUUUCAGGAGUAGAUACAUAUGAAAAUAAAAUUGUUGGGUCAAGGACAGUAGGCUCCUCAGCACAAAACUCUGAAGCGGUUAAGCCUGGCUUUGACUUCAAGCAUGCCCCACCAACCUAUGAAGAUGUCAUUGCUGGCCACAUUCUGGAUAUCUCUGCAGAAGAUUCACCAGAAGAGCUCCUGAGGAAUUUUCAGAAGACAUGGCAGGAAAGUGAGAGAGUCUUCAAAAGCCUGGGAUAUGCUGUUUCUGAUACUUCAGCAACUGAGAUGAGGAGUAGCUUCCAUGAGGAAGCUGCUUUUAGAAGUGAAACUUCUACUUCAGGACAAGGAAAUGUGUACACUUUGUCAAAAGACUGUUUAUCCAAUGGAAUGCCUGGCAGCAGACAAGAACAUUUUUCAUAAGUCAUGUUUUCGAUGCCACCAUUGCAGUAGUAAAUUGAGCUUGGGAAAUUAUGCAUCACUUCAUGGACAGAUUUAUUGUAAACCUCAUUUUAAGCAACUUUUCAAAUCUAAAGGAAAUUAUGAUGAAGGUUUUGGACA